GCCAUUCCGCUACUCUGAAGAACGGCGUGGGCUUCUCUUUAUCGCUGUCUUUGACAAGCCAACGUGAAAUAGACCAACCACCAAGUGGGACAGGUUUUUCAGUAACUUGUAAGUUUCUACGUUGAUCCGAAAACGAGCUGACAAAUAUAUUAGAGAAGAGGGGGGGCUCUGACUGAAAUCUUGGCGGGAAAAAGGCAGGAGGGGGGGCUACAGACUUACCCACGCCCGUUCGCGUUAUGGAGUUUAGUUUUCCGACCAAAGCGCAAUUUACCAGCCGGAAAGUAUUCAAACAUGUGAGAUGUGAAGGUUUAAACAGCAAUCGACAAUAUGGGAUUCUGAAAGUUCCCAAAACUGAUGACGUCAUGCUGCAAUUGGAUAGUCUGCGAACUGCAACAGGAACAGAGUAUGGAACGUCUGCUGGGAACAACGGGGGUUCAGGGGUUCGGCUGUCAGUCCAGUCCAUGCCGGAACAUAGUUAUGUGCCCUUGCCCCGUGUGGAGCCCAGCGACUCGUCUCCCACCGGCACUCACGGUUUGGGUUCCAUGAUUCACUGGAAUACUGGUUUCCCUGCUCAACAGCUGCAUCAACAACAACAGCCGCCGCCUCCUCAACCACAAGUACAACCACAGCAGCUCUCUGUGGGAGAGCUACGUAACUCUGACGACGAGGAGGAUGACGAUCUGGUUCCAGAAUCGGCGUCGCAAAGACGUGGUCACCAAAGGCUCCAACCACAAGCCUGAUGUCAAAGAUAGCAAUUCCUCAACCACUAUCAGCUCUGGGUCAGCUGCAGACGCUACAGGUAGCGAAAAUACUGACCCUGUGGAUGACAAAUCUGCUACUGACAUUUGCGGACGUGUAGAUGAUGGAGUCAGAGAGAGCACCACAACAGACAAACCACCGUCCCUCUCAGGCAACAAUGCGUCGGAAUACGGGGGUCCCAGUAGCCUUGUAAGUAAUGACAGCGUUGGUUCCUCCAGCCAGACCGACCAGUGGGGCUCCAUUACUACCGGAGCUGCACAGACUGCUGCAGACGAUCCAACUUUAUCUCAGUCCUCCAUGGUUUCACCUGUGGUAUUACGCAGCAUGAUUGCUGAGCUGAACAAAUUUGACAACGAAUAUUUGAAACAGAAGAAAAGUAAAAAGAAGAGCAGAUCAAAACCUUCGAGACACUCCUCUGUUGUGCCGAGUAAAGCACUCUCUAAUGUUUCCUCAUUGUGCAAAAAUCAAAAACUAUUCCAGCGUUAUGAUAUGGUAGCACCCCCUAACAAGGUAACUCCUACAGCAUUUCUAAAUACAUCUGCCAACAGAUUUAAACAUGCAGGGGGGACAUCAGCUUUUCAGAAUCCUCGAGAAAAUAGGACUCUCCACACUGGGAGCUCACUGAGUAUAAAUGACGCCUUCAGUGGUUACCCUGGACUCCCAGCACCUAGUAGUAUGGAAGGUACGGAUUUGCUUCAACAGAGACCAUCUUUAGAUCUCGCAUCGGCACACCUUAUAAGCUCCUCGCUGAGCUUACCCUCGCCGACAAAUCCACAGGGAAGCCUGGCCAACUUCUUUCACAGCGCUGCUGUGUCAGCGGCCCCACACUCAUUGACCACACAGCCUCCGAUAUACGAGAACUUACCCGUACUCUCAGACCUCCUGGGCUCUUACAAGAACCACUCAUCCAACGUGGCAGCAGCGGUCGCUCACAGGCAGCUUGAACAUUCUCUCUUGUCUUCACCACAGGGACCGCUGCCUCCGUCCGGUCUCACAACUAAUUUGUUUGGUUUGUCUUUAGCUAGCAACGGCCCGGGAAGUGUAGCUGGUGGCAGCAGUAGCAGUAGCAUCAGUGGAGAUAGUGCUAAAUCACCGGCUAGUGAUAUCCCCUUCUCCCCGCCCCCCUCACAACACCCGCUUUCAAUUCACCCUAACCAAACGAAUCCAUUCAACUUGAACCGAGUGUUCCCGUUCCCUUUAAUCGCUGAGCCUCCUGCAAUGCUGUCCAGUUUACGCCAGUCAGAGCUGUUUCGACCGCACCCUCAAUGGCCACCUCCUACUUCGCCACUGCGAACUCAAACCUCUGGCUCUUCAGUCUAUGGACUCGCAGCUUCAGGUUCGGUCUCCGUAGAUGAUGACCCAUACAGACCUCUGUUGAUCUCGUCGCUUAGUAACCCUUAUUUUUCUCCAUCCUCUGCGUCCUACUCACUCCCGUCCUCCUCGGCCUUUACUUCGCAGCCUUUGAACUGGCCAAGCCCACUGAGCUCAGACCCAACAGCACACAAUUACACUCAGUUAUAAAGCUUAGAGAGCUCCAGCAACAGUUCCAGCUUCUACUUCAUGGGCGCUGCCGGGAGACACAUUUCAGACCACAUUGUUUUCAUUUUGUUAUAGUUUUAUCAGUUACAACUAUAGCCAUUUAAAAAUGAGUAGGGGCCUACAUUUAUGACCCGCAAUGUCAGCUCAUCAGACUUCGAGAACUAGGAACCUGAUCUCUCUGUAUUUUGCAUAGAGUCUACAAAUAUGUGACAUUGUGAGAUCGAAUCAAACUGCAGCAUCAAAAAAAAAAUUAUUGUAUCUUUUCAUCUUUCAGUCUAGCUUCUCCGACGACUAGAAUUGGUGUUCAUAUGACGAGCCCAAGGCUGUCCGCGACAGAAGGAUAAACCACUAUCCUUACCAGCGUUUCUCCACUAAUCACAAAACGUGUCACCGUAGCCUUAUAUAAUACAUAUUUGACAAAGCUGACCAGGAACAUAAUACGUCUCAGCAUUUCUCAGUUCUACGUUUCUUUAUUGUAUCUAUGAUACAUGCAGAGAGACUGUGAUAACUUGUCAACGUGUUCCUCCCCCCCCCCCCAAAAAAAAAGUUGAAUAACCACUUAGCUGUUGCCUUUGGAGUAUGAGUCUCACAAACCGCCCAUCUAAACUUUAGUUACGCCCAGGGUUGCCCAAGCUUCAUCCUUCAUGUGCAAAGCAUAU